CGAGGGUCCAUCAUGGACGCGUUCCAUGUAAAUCACGCGGGUGCAGUGGAGGUCCUCGGAAUCUUGUUUGAAAUGGCUAGAAUCGGAAAAUAGCCCAUUCGCCCAAUUGCAGAUGGCGGACAACGACUUCUAUGCCGCCUGCAUCGAAGAGAUAGCCCUGGAGGGCCUCGAUGGCAUCACCUUACAGGCCCUGUGGAUCCGUCUCAAGGAUCGACCGAAGUUCCCGUUCGCUUUGGACGACAAGUCGAAAGCCUUCAUCUGGCGAAGCAUCGUCCCUGAUGCACGGCUAGAUUUCUACCGACUCCAAGAGCCACGUCAGGAACUGGUGCUCUACGACCGGUACAAGCACGUCGACCCGGACUCAGGAUAUGUGAUCGAACCGAAGGUCCUGCCGCCGGACCUCUACCCCGUGGAACUGGUGAACAAGAACGGACAGCGAGGCUCGUGCUCCACCUUUGACAGCCGCGUCAACGUCAGCGAAAAGGUCCGCAAGGCGAAACUGACUCUCGAAGCGGUCGUGAAGCAAUGGGGAAACUCGCUCGUGAUCGUCGCAGACCAGGCGACCCGAGAACGGGCGCUGAUCGGACCCUGCAACUCGGUGAAGGACCUCGACCUCUCCGACGUGAAGUACGCGGUCCUCGAGCGCAUCGGGCGCACUCGCUACGCGGGGCUAACGACGCAGGGCAAGCAGGACAUGAAGGUUUUCCAGCUGACCAACGCGUCCAUGUUCCUCCUGCGCAAGCAGCUCGUUCAGCGGCACCUCAUCACGAAGCAGCUCUACUACCAGCGCUCCGAUCACAAGCAGUCCGGAACUGGGUUUUUGCUCCACCUGCCCCGGUUUUUCGUCGAGGUCCAGACCAAGUUCAAGAUGCUGACGAGGGAGCUGUGCGCGCUUUUGGACACAAAGCCCCUGAAGCGUGAGGUCCUCCGGAAGGUCCGUGCGGAGAUGGGUCUCAAGAACGCCGUCUUCAAGAGGCUGAUUAACUCUGCCGCCGUACCGUAUGUGACGCAGUACACGAUGGCUUACAACGAACUUUACCCGGACACGCCGGAGAAGCAGUGGUACACCAAAAACACUGGAAUGAAGCUCCUUCGUGUCAUUGAGCUCACCAAAUCGUUUGAAGAGGAAGAGGCUGAAGGAGCAGAAGGGGACGACGACGGGGAAGAGAUGGAGAGCCAGUCGAGCAUCGCAAUGUUCUACGACCCGCGCAAGUACAUCUAUGACUUGCCAAGGCUAGACCAGGCCUACAGGGAACUGCAGCGAGCCGGCACGAAAGGUGCGACACUUCGGGAACUGGCGCAGCUCAUGUCAACAACACGACUGGAAGCUCGUCCCCUCCUGAAAGCCCUUCUCUUCAGGAAACUGGUGGUGCCGUACAGGGAAGACGUUGGCCGUCAGAGAGUGACACGCUACUUCACCCCGGAGUUUGCAUCGCAGUCGGAGACUCACAAGAAGUUUGCGGCAGAGAAGAAGCGAAUGCUCGAGCAAGCGAGCAAAUGUCCCCCUGCUAAGAGGCAGCGGGUGUCUCAGAGGACGGAUAUCUCUGAAGUCAAGCCACCUGCUUCGGAGAACGCGCCAAUGAAGCAAGGGACUGGAGACGAGGUUCCGAGCGAAGAGUGCGACCAACCCACCAUUACAGUGGAGGCCAGCAACGAACCACUCUCUAAGAAAAUAAAGACAAAGGGUUGUACGGUGUUGAGCUUCCCGAGCACUUCCGGCAUUAUCAACAAGAGGCAGUCCCUGCAGGAGCUGCUCCCCUCUUACAAAAUGCUUAUGAGGGCCAACAGGAUCAUUGACUACGUCAAGGCUGAAAAGUUGGUUGCCGAUUUAACAAGGCUUCUCAAGACACUGCAAAAGCAAGAGCUGGAAGAGGGCUACAAGCUGAAGCUGGACAAGGUCUCUUUAGAGCGGCUGCUUUACAAGCUCUGCAAGAGCGGUUAUCUGAAGUCCAUACGGACUACUCUGCGGUUGGGAGAAAAGGAGAAGAAUUUGCAGUUCAUCUGCCACCCCGAUGUCACUAAAGACGACGAGCUGGUCAGGUCGACCAUCGAACAAGCCAAGUUCAAGUAUUUCGCCAUACACAACGAAAACAAUAAACCUCAAGCUCCCAAAAGCCCCGAGCUUACGGAGUGCUCCAAGAUGGAGUACAACCCUUCGAUGGGCCGCUUCUAUGGCUCUCAGCCCAAGUUCCGCCGGAUGCAGCUGUGCUACAGCUUUAUCCACUACAUGCUGUAUACUUAUGAUGGGGCACCCCUAGGGCACUUGGAUGACGAUCCAUCGGCUCCAAUGCGCUACCAGGAAGGCAUCAGUUGGAAGACGUUCGUGGCUCCACUCCCAGCAAACCCGAGCACACCCAAGGGGUGGCUCCUCUUCAGUGACAUCUUGCUCUCGCUGCCGCUCUCCCUUUUUGUCAAGAUUGUGAGCUGCAUUAAGUACAAGAUAGAAGGGUUGGACGAAUACCUGCAGCACAAUGUGAGGUGCCACUACCUGAUACGCAGCCUUCCUGUUAAGCUCAGGAACGCCUUGCUUUUCGCGAGGCGCUACAUAUACUCCAUCCAUGAAACGAUCAAGAGGCUGUCCUUUGUUGGGCUGCUCACAUUUGGACCGCAGCGCCUCAAGGAAAAGGAUCAAGUGUAUCUUUUCCUUCACAAGCGCAUCACCAUCAAAGACACUGCCUGCUCGGCCCCGGGGUACCACCAGAUCUCACCAGACACAGAGUAUCCUCUCAAAGACUACUUUCUUGAGACUGAAGAGGACGUCAACCGGUUCUGGUUUGACUUAGAAGGCAUCUGCCUCAGCACUCCUUUGGGAACAGCCCAGACGAUGCGCGGCCAGGUAAUUGAGCUGCAGAACCUCUACAAGAAGCCAGCAAUGAUUGAGGCAUCCAAGAACAGAGAGUUUGGUGAGGAAGUGGACACCGGUUCAAUACCAGGGGACCAGCUAGGUGCAGCCGGCUUUGAUUCUGCACUCUUUGCACACCUUAAAAGAAAUUGGAACUACACGACCACUGUGGUCUUGAAGACACCUGGACUGAUGACCGUGUCACAAAAGGAAAAGUCAAAGCCGCUGGAGAACUACAUUGAAUACCUGGAUAAGACUGGGAAGGAGACCGACGGCGGUACUGCACGGAAGCAGAAACAGAAACAGAGGCUCUCAAGGCUCCGAUCAACCAUUUCCCGCAUGUCUGUGUACUAUCCAAAGCCGGGAGCACCAAGCACAGAUCCGGUGGCCAUUCCUGUUGUCAUCAAUGGCUCUAGAGAGAGGAGUAAGGCUUCAGAGGAAGCCAAGAAAAGAACUCUAUUUAGGAGAAAGCCCCAUAGCAUCUUCAGAGUGCUGAAACGAUGCGGGCGCGCUAAGAAACGAAGACCGUACUAUGAUGACAAGGACAUGGCUGCCCUGAAGCAGAUGCGAUUCAUGCGUGUUGCAUGGAGCUCUCAAGAAGACAUAGUCUUGUUAAUGUGUAAAGUGGCCUCUUGGUUCUUGGACCCACACCAGCCUAAAAUGGUUGUGCCCUUCACGGCCGUUAGGGAUAUUCUCCAUGAGCACUUUCCCGAGCUCAGCAAGGACAAGACGUCCCGUGCCUGUCAAAGGCGGCUGCGCUUCAUGCUGCUCAAUCCAGCCACAAAGGCCAAUGCCUCCGUGUUCCUCUGUGAGGCACGGCAGGACCAAAAGCUUACAGAAAUGUUUUAUGGUCCCAAGCCAGUGAAGAGUGCGGAGGAUGCGUGGAUCCACAUGUUGAGAACGGUUCUGGACCACCUGAUGAUCAAGUUCAGCAAAAGCCCUCAGGAGCGGCACCGUGCGAUUGCCCUUCCAAAGACAGUAGAAGAGCUCAAGGAUCAGUACAACAUCCUGGUGAGCGGACAGUGUUUGCCUGACAGCUGGUCGUACCAGGAACCCCACAAUAUUGUAGACAUUCACUUUACCACGGUGGGCAUCAUCAUCAUCUCGUCCUUUGGCGCUGAUGACGGGAAGACAAGUUGGUCGCUGAUCUUGUAUAGGAUCUAUGAGCUCUAUCCAGACAAGCUGAUCCGAUCAGUGACUGCAAGGCUUAGGCACAACAGUGUCAUUUGCAGGAAGAAGUGCCAUGCCAAAAAGCAGUUCAGCUCACUCAACAUGUCCAUGCUGCCUUUCACGCUGUCAGGGCGGUUCCAGUUUGAGCUCAUGCGACGCUUUGCACCAGAGAAUUUUGUGAAUAUGGCUCAGUUACUGACUACCCUAUUUAAAAAUCAGACUUCUGGGGAGAAGUUUACAACUGUUGAUGCUGUCGAUCCUCCACAUGCAGUGCUUUUAAUCACGCUGAUCAUGAUGAAGAAGGUAGACUAUGUCAUUGAUGUUCCACAGGCAAUUGUCGACUUUGACAGCAAAGUUUGUGAAGAUAAUGGAAACCCUUGCAAGGUUGUCACAAAGGGUCCACCCAGUGAAAGCCCAUUGGCAGGUAGUUGCUCAUACAGUGACAGUCUUAGUAACCUACACAUCGAAACUUCUGGAAGCAAUGCGAAAGCAUCUCGGAGCUUCCUUUACAUGCUCAGGCAGGACAUGACAAAGGCUUUAGAGUUUACCUCUCUGCGGCCCCAGGACUAUGUCAUUAUUAAGCCGUGCAAGAUAAGCUUUGGCCUGUCAGACGGUGAUGUUCUUGCCAGAUGCACCGUCGAGGAACCAACUGACAAGUCAUACAAACUCAAGAUCCGAAGUCCUGUUUACGACAAGCUCGUGCAAGAACAAAGAGAAGUUCUUGCAGCAAACGCAUGCGAGCUCUUGUGGACUGCAGAGGACAUUAGCAAAGCUUAUGCGGAUCACGGAAAGAAUGAUGCUGAGGCAAACUUUGCUCAUGGGCUGUAUGCCCUGAUAGUCGACAGGAAGGAGCUUGGCAUCACAUUCACCACUCUGUGUGAAACAUUUCAUUUGAAUGUAACCAGUGCAGUUCUUGAGUCCCACUUGGAUGUGUUGGUGAGUUGCAAGGCCAUUGUGCGAGCAGGAGUGACCUGUGUGCGGUACAUUGCAUUGCUUCACGCCAAGCCUUGGAUGGUACGAGCAGUCAAGAUCCCCAAAGACUUGCGGUCGCUUGCGACUGCACUCGGUGAACAAGAGCUGGCUCGAAAGGCCAAGGCAAGAAAGACUUCCUCUUCAGCAGAGGACGAAGCCAUGGAGGAACCGUCUGCUGUGGACACCUCCCCAAUGGUAGUCGAUGAAAACACAGCUGAAGUCUCUCCUAUGUCGGUUGACGAGAGCCCAGCAGGUGUAUCUGCAAUGGAAGUGGACGACAGCACAGCCGACAAUUGUGAUCUGUCUACAUAUGCCAAGUCUCCAGCUGAUGAAGUCAAAUCGAGUGACUUUGUAAAUACAAUGCAGAAACCAGACAAUGGUGAAGCUUCUGUGCUCAAAGUUAAAGAUGAUCCCAACAGUGCUGUGACAGUGACGGAACCCAAGAAAACGCAGCAGACUUCUCCAGGACAGCGACCAGCAACACGAGGAGCUGUCUUUAAUCGCACAUGCAUUGAAGCGAUGUCUCGCAACAUAAACAUGGAAAAGUUGGAGAAGAUCAUGUACAUUCCGCGACUGUGGAAGAAGCCCGACGGCACGCUCAACCGAGCGCUGCUCCACAAAUACAUGUCUGCUGUGCUGUCGUUCGUUAUGGACAAUCCUGGCAUUACGGAAGAGUCCAUGCGGACCUCAUUUGCGAAGCAUAUUGGACCGUGCAUCCAGACUUUGGACGUGCUCAGGAUGUUAGAGGAGAUUGGGUGCAUCAAGCGAUUUUACUUCAGGUCGGGCACUUCCAAGUGCACACUGUUCUCCGAGAGAAGGACGGCUGUUUUUUCCGAAGUGUACGAAGUCAACGACGAUGUCUGCUUUGAGGGCACCAUGGAGGCGUUACUGAACUUUGCGGCAUUCACAUCUUAUUUUCUCAAGUGAAGGGAGAGACAAGAGUUUUGUACAGCUUUCAUUUUGUAAAUGACUCGUUUUUUUGUUGAGAAGUACAUAAUGCUUAUUUACUUUUGAUGUAUUGUUUUUCAGUAUUCAGGUUAGCCUGCAGCUGUUUUUGAGUCUUGCCUGAUACAUGUUCAAGUCAUAUUUCUGCGCAAGAUACCACCAUUAUCAAAUUCUGUAUAGCCCAUCCGGUUUUUCGAAAUAAAUAUUGCUUAUCAUUUCAAA